AUGAGAAGUCCUGGUGACGAUGGUUAUCGAACACCGACUAUCGAGGAUGCCGACCGCACUAUCUCAAUUCUAGGCGUUACGGACAGUCCUAGAACCGUUGCCCGCGAUGUGCACGCUACCGCGUUGGAGGAAACCUUGCAAAAGAUUUCGUCGAGGGCUACUGACCCUCGGUCCAAAAGAGAAUCCAGGGUUUGGGAGCCGAAUGGUCGACGUCUUAAUCGCACCUUUACAGAUGCGUCGGCAGACCACCUUAGCUGGAAAAAACGAAUUCGUCAUAUUACCUGGGCAUAUUUCACCUUGACCAUGGCCACGGGAGGAUUGGCGAAUGUUUUAUACGAAGUUCCAUAUCGCUUCCGAGGGUUGGAGACGAUCGGAAUUAUCGUCUUUUUGUUCAACAUCUUCCUCUAUCUUGUCAUCUGGGGGCUUCUGCUCGCUAGAUUCUAUUUUUACCCUUAUACUUUCAAAGCGUCAUUCAUGCACCCGACUGAAUCCUUGUUUAUUCCUGCAUCAAUGGUGUCUUUCGGGACCAUUCUCAUCAAUGUCUCUCAAUACGGACCAGAAAAGGCCGGCCCAUGGCUCCUUGAGGCCGUGGGAAUUCUGUUUUGGAUAGACUGCAUCCUAGCUGUGCUGUUUUCCGCGGGCAUCUAUCUCAUUCUAUGGUCGACACAGACAUUCACAAUCGCCCAGAUGACUCCUAUAUGGAUUUUCCCUGCUUAUCCUAUGCUCAUUAUUGGCCCCCAUGCUGGGAUUCUGGCUGGGAAGCUCGAACAGUCGCGUGCGCUGCGCAUCAUCGUGGGCGGAAUUACGAUCCAAGGCGUCGGAUUUUUGGUUUCACUGAUGGUAUAUUCGGCCUUUAUCUACCGACUCAUGACCCAAAAACUUCCGAAAGAAAAUAUGCGUCCUGGAAUGUUUGUUUCUGUCGGUCCGAGUGGGUUUACGGUCGCUGGUCUGGUGAACAUGGCUUCUGAGACGAAGCGUGCCUUUCCGGCGAGUUUUAUGGGUAAUGGCUCGUUGGCUGCCGAUAUACUGAGGGUGACGAUUGAUUUUUCUGCCUUAUGGCUAUGGGGAUUGGCGAUAUUCUUCUUUAUCAUAGCCAGUGCAGCACAUUGGUCAGCCAUUGGACCAGGUAAAAUGGUCUUCUCAAUGGGUUGGUUUUCGUUCGUGUUUCCGAAUACUGCAUUGGUUACUGCGACCUUUGCCAUCGGGAAAGCAUUUUCUUGCGAUGCCAUCAACAUUGUCGGCACCGUGGCAGUGUUUCCACUGCUCUUUAUGUAUUUCUUCGUUUGCUAUAUGAUGAUUCGAGCCAUUAUCCAGCACCAGAUUCUGUGGCCGCAGAAGGGUGAGGAUAGGGAUGAGGGUGGCUUUGAGGUUCAGCUGAUGAAUCCUGACGGAGAAGAAUCCGAGGAAACUAAUGCGGUUUAA